UUUUGAAGAUAUCCCUCUGCCCCAUUUCAAUCAUUUGAAUAUUUCUUGCCCUAAAAUAAGCAAUGUUCCUUUCUUUAUCACCACUUCAACUUUUGUUUAUCCAAUGCCCAAGUAAAGGAGAUAAAACUUGUAUGAGCCUAACCCCUCUGGUUUUCCUUCACCUUUCAAGUCAAACCUUUUUGUCUUCUUCUACAUUCUUAACCAUUUCUCGUUGUUAAAACACUGAAUUACUAUUUCCUUUUAGUUUUGAUGUUUCAUAUGCUUCAGCAAGGACAAAGGAAAUAUUAUUAGGAAAAUGAUGUUGGCCCUCGGCAAUAUUUUUAGGUGCCAAAGACUGAUACAAAACCCGGUGCGGUUUUUGGUUAGGAACUGUCACAAAGAAUCUAUUCCGGUGUCAUGGGGAACACCGAAAAUCGGAUGGACUAAGUUGAACUUCGAUGGAUCUUGUAAAGGUAGAAAAGGAAACGGUAGCAUUGGAGGGGUCAUCAGGAACCACAAGGCUGAAUUUUUACUUGGAUAUGCUGAAUCCAUAGGGAGAACCACUAGCACGAUCGCGGAACUAUCUGCAUUACGAAGAGGGCUCGAGUUGGUAUUGGAAAAUGGUUGGACCGAUGUAUGGCUCGAAGGUGAUGACAAGACAUUGAUUGAUAUCAUUGUCUGCAGGAGGCAGGUCAAGUGUGCCGAACUACAAAGACAUGUUGGACACAUAAACUUGAUCAUACCGGAGCUUAACAAUUGUAUUGUGACUCAUAUCUAUAGGGAAGGCAAUAGAGCUGCUGAUAAGUUGGCUCAAAUCGGACAUCAGCUAGAGAAACCUCGAAUUUGGUGGCACGAUCCUCCGAACGAAGUCGGACGUAUUGUGGAUGAAGACGCCGAGGGUAAGAUCAUUCUUCGCAGACGAUAAAGCAGAUUUUAUGUAUACGACAUAUUGUUCAUUUUAACUAUUUGUUGAUUCCUCUGCAUGUCUACCAUUUUAUUUGUUCUUUCUUGUUGUCAAGUAUGCUUAAUCACGGCAUAUUUAUCCCCUUCUUUUCACAAUUAACUUCCACUGUAUAUGUAACCAAAAUCAGGUAUUAACAUCCAAGUAAUACAUUAUUCUUGCAAAA